UUUAAUGGGCUUCCUGUUGUGUAGCUUACGCGCAUUUUUCAACAUAUUCACCGCUUGCAAGUUGAGCCGAAAGUCGAAUAAUGUUUUUAACGUUUUUUGAACGACAUUCUAGUUGUCAACUACAAAAAAAGUCACAAGUUAUACAAAUUAUUAUUAUUAUUAUUUAACAUCUUCAAGAUAUGGAGUCACUUUUAGACAAUUUUUCGUCAGCCUUUUCGGUUUCUUCGGAUCCUAAUGAUACUGCAGCGCCUCAUCCAAGACUAACCCAGUACAAAGAAAAGCCUUCUAAUGUUCCUGAUCAAACAACUAGAAGAAAUCGAAUGCUUGAACGGCAAAAAAGGAAAAGACUUGAUGUUGCAAAUUAUUCAAGAAAGCUAGCCGAUGGUGUUUUGAGUAAAGAAGAUCUAGAGGAUGAUAAUGGAAAUGAGGAAAUGGAAUCCAUGGAUUAUAAAGAAAAAAGAAAAAGAUUCAAUCCCUAUGCACACCAGUUAAUGCUUUCUGAGUGGCUGGUUGAAGUGCCAGAGGAUCUGACCAAUGAAUGGCUAAUGGUUGUCUGUCCACAUGGGAAAAGAAAUCUUGUAAUUGCUUCAAAUGGAAAUACUUCAGCCUAUACCAAGAGUGGAUUCAGAGUUAAUCAAUUUAUAUCUCGUCUCCCUGGGGGUAGUCCUGAUACUUUAAAGCCUGGAGAUUACACAAUUUUGGAUUGCAUUUUUAAUGAAGUAUCCAGUACUUUCUAUGUUCUGGAUAUAAUGUGCUGGCGAGGGCACCCUGUUUAUGACAGUGAGACAGAGUUUCGAUUUUAUUGGCUUCACACCAAGCUUAAAGAAGAGCAAGGGUUGAACCAAAGAUCGUCGUCCAAUCCU